AUGUAUUGUGUAAGAAAGCACUUAUUGUUUGAUAAAAGCUAUUUUAUCUAUAAUAACCAAGAUAGUAUUAACAUAGGAGAAGUAAUAUUAUGGUUAAUAGUUAGUCUUCUUAAAAAAUCAAGUAUGUUAUCCCAUUGAAUUUACAUACAAUAAUAGAUUGGAAAGUAAACGAAGAAAAUUAGAAAUUAGAAGCUUUUGCUUUAAUUUGGAAAGGAGAAUGGAGAUUCUUUUAUGCUGAUUAGAAUGUAUUAUUAAGAGUUAAAGAAUAUAUGGAUGGAAAAGUAGUAUAUAAAAGUUUGGAUCCUUUUUAUACUACUAUUGAUAAAAUAGAAGCCAACUAAUUAAGCUCUGUAUAUAAAUAUAAUUAUUUAGAAGAUUAGAUUGAUCUAAAGAAAGGAUAAUUAACAAGUAUUUGCUUGUAAAGAGAUGAAAAAAGUGAUAAAAUAUUCCCAAUAAGUACAUUAGUAUUUUUAUUGUAGUUAUUUCAAAAUGAAGUUGAAACCUUGAAAUAACUGUCUCAUAAAAAUAUUAUUACACUUAUAGAAGUAUAUGAAUCAGAUUACCAAUAUUCAAUAAUAUUAGAAUAUCUAAAAGGUGGUUCACUUAAUUAAUGUCUUAGAUAUUGUAAAUUGAAUAAUUGUGAAAUUGAUAUUAUAAUGCAAGUAUUACGAUAAUUUAAACUUCUUAGUAAAUUUUGGAGGGAAUAAACUAUAUGCAUACAAAUGGAUAUGUACAUAGAGAUAUAAAACCAGAUAAUAUAUUGUUUAAUGAUUUGGGUUAAUUUUCACAUUUAAAAAUUAUUGAUUUUGGAAUUACUUAAAAAUUAGAUAUCUAAGAAAAAAAUAAAGAUAUGAAAUUUGGAACUCCUGGAUAUAUGGCACCAGAAAUGUUUAUUUAAUCUUACAAGAUAUCUGAAAAAGUUGAUAUCUUUGCUUGUGGAGCUAUACUUUAUUAAAUGUAAGCUUUAUUCAGAAUUUUAGGUUGACUGGAUUUAAAUUAAUUAUAGGCAAUACUUAAAAAGAAACUAUGGAAAAUAAUAAAAUUUUCACAAAAAAUGAUUAAAUACUUUCAAAAAUAAAACAAUCUGAUUAUAAAAAUCUUGUUGCUUUAAUGAUAGAAGAAGAUCCCUAAAAAAGGAUAAGUGCUAAAUAAGCUUUAAAUUAUCUAAAUUUAAUAAAGAUUCCUUCUCAUGCUGGAUCUUUAUCUAUUUAGUUAAUGAAUCAUCAUGAACCUGUUUAAUAAAUACCAAAUUUCAAUAAAUUGAUUAAUAAAUAAUGA